GUUAAAGUCGCAGAUAUAGUUUUUCUUCUGCUAUAUAUAUUUUUUCGGUGCGCGAUUGUGCAGAAGAAAACAAAAGUUUAAUAAACUAAUUUUGAAUUAAACGGAGACACACAAUGGCGUACAACUUAAAAAGUGAAGAAGACGUCAAGGAGUAUCUAAAAAACCUUUACAUAGAAUACAAAUUUGGCUGUCUCAGUGAAAAAAGGCCCGAAGUUUGUCAUCUUUUGGGCGAUUACGAGGAAAGUAUAAAGAAGGAUAUCAAGAAAGCAGCCGAAAUUUAUAAAACAAAUUGUGAUGUGAGAAGUUACCCAAGAAGUUGCGCGAAAUACGGUGGAUUCGCACUUGUCGGCAAAGGAUGUGAGAAGAAUCUGAAGGAAGGUUACGAGUACACGAAAAAGGGUUGCGAGCUCGGUGACGCGUACGGUUGUUUACACGCGGGUGUCGUCGCAACGUCGGACCAAACGGUGGGGGAAAAAGAUCGGAUGGCACAAAUAACGAAAGGAAUGGAAAUGUUGAAGGAUUCGUGUUGGAAGCACGAAAUGGAGAAAGGCUGUUAUUGGCUGUCAGGACUUUACAUACAAGGAAUAAAAGGCUAUUUGGAACCGAAUUUAUUGGAGGCUUACAAAGUCUCGUUGAAAGCAUGCGAGGGUGGAAAUCCGUACGCUUGUGCGAACGUAUCUCAGAUGCAUGCACGAGGUGAGGGCGUCGAAAAAAAUCCAACCCUCGCGGAAGCUUUCAAGUCUCGAGCGCUUGCGCUCCAUCGAGAACUCACCGAGAAUCAAAGACCAAUUCAAUUUGGUCAGGGAAUUGACGGUUGACCUCAUUCUCUUUCAACAAACGAGUUACAACUUUCCAGUUCAUUUUUUCUCUUGCACAAUACUGACGACGUUAAAAAUGAACGAAGGAGUCAGCCCGACCGAAUUCCUUUCUAAGUAGUGAACAAUUCUCAUUUCAUUUUUAUUACAAUUGUAACGAUCAACAUAGAUAAUGAAUUAUAUAAUUAUACGAUUGACCAAA